AGAUGCUGCACGACAUUAAAGUGGAAGCUGACCCGGGAUCCCUGGACCUCCUGACCGGCGGGCUUCCCCGACAGCAGGCCGUGUGUGAGGGCUGCUCGCGGAUCAUCUCAGACCGCUUCCUGAUGCGGGUCAACGACACGUCCUGGCACGAGCGCUGCCUGCAGUGCGCCGCGUGCCAGCAGCCGCUCACCAACACCUGCUACUCCAGAGACACGAGGCUGUACUGCAGGGCCGACUACCAGCAAUUGUUUUCCAGUAAGUGCAGCGGUUGUCUGGAGAGCAUUUCUCCCUCAGCGUUCGUGAUGCGAGCUCUGGACAGCGUUUUCCACCUCAGCUGCUUCUGCUGCUGCGUCUGUGAGCGUCAGCUGAGCAAAGGAGACGAGUUUGUCCUGAGAGACAAUCAGCUGCUGUGCAAAGAUGACUACGAGAGAGAGCGUCUCAUUACAGUCAGUCCACACACCUCGGACUCAGAUAAGAGUGAGGAUGAGGAUCUGAAUGUACCCUCAGAGUGUCGUUCAGCAGGGAAACGCAGAGAUGACAAAGACCCUCGUCGGCCCAAACGUCCACGCACCGUCCUCAACACCGUGCAGAGGAGAGCGUUCAAAGCCUCCUUCGAUGUGUCCUCCAAACCCUGCAGGAAGGUGAGAGAGACCCUGGCUGCAGAGACAGGACUCACCGUCCGCGUGGUCCAGGUCUGGUUCCAGAACCAGAGAGCAAAGAUGAAGAAGUUAGCUCGCAGACAACAGCAGCAAAACGAGCAACACAACAGCCAGAGGGUAGGCCAAGAUGGGAUGUCGAUGGAGGGUCUGCUUAGCUCGUACUCAGGCCAUCUUCCUCUCACCCAGCAGCUGGGGAUGGAUCCCAGCAGAUACUCUGAACCCUUCCAGCAGGGCCUCACGCCGCCUCAGAUGCCUGGUGACCACAUGAACCCCUACGGCACUGACUCCAUCUUCCAUGACUUUGACAGUGACACUUCUCUCACGAGUCUAAGCGACUGUUUCAUGGCCGCUCCAGAUGUCGGCUCCUUGCAGAGUCGGGCGGGAAACCCCAUCGACCGUCUGUACUCCAUGCAGAACUCCUACUUUGCCUCAUGUGGCCCCAACAUCACCGCUGGUACCACCCAACCCACAACGACACAUCCCAGGUCAUGAAGAGUGAGCAUAUAAUGGUGCAAGGUGCAAGGAAAUAUGACUACAGGCCAGAAUCCACCAAAUAUACCUGAAGGACCUCCACCAGCAAAAGGGAAAAGGAGAAAUUUGACUUGCAUCAAACCCCCAGGAAGAGAGUUUAAUUGUGUUGUGGCCAAUCGGUGGUACUACAACUUCCAUGUCAGUCCGUGACGUCAAGAGGCGCUUUCACACCGGAGUACUUUUACCCGUACUUUUCCCGUUUAGUUCCGUUAGUGGCUGGAAUUUUGCGUUCACACCAAAAAGAGAAUUUAGUUCGGGGUACUUUUACCCCCAUUUUUAGU